AUAAAAAAGCCUAAUGUUAGUCUAGAAACUCUGACGGAAUCCUUUGGAAAGAUGUUUGCACACACCCAACGAUAAUAUCAGUGUGAACUGGAAAUGUGAGAGUGUGUGUGGAAACAGCAGCAGAUGAUCCCCGCCUCUCAGCGACCGAACUCACCCACUCUCCCGUUACCCGGAAGUAUGCAGAAUUCCCAAAGAUGGCGGAGCAAGGUCCGAUGGCGAUAGCUAUGCGGCUAAGAAAUCAGCUGCAGAACGUCUACCAGCUCGACCCUUUACGGAACGAGGAAGAAGUUAAAAUAAAGAUAAAGGACCUAAAUGAACACAUUGUGUGCUACCUCUGUGCAGGAUACUUUAUCGACGCAACCACCAUCACAGAAUGCCUCCAUACAUUCUGCAAGAGUUGCAUUGUGAAGUAUCUCCAGACCAGCAAGUAUUGUCCGAUGUGUAACAUCAAAAUCCACGAAACACAGCCAUUGCUGAAUCUAAAGCUGGACAGAGUUAUGCAAGACAUUGUCUACAAACUAGUCCCAGGUCUACAAGAGAGUGAAGACAAACGAAUUAAAGAAUUCUAUCAGUCACGAGGUCUUGAACGCAUCCUACAGCCGUCUGGAGAAGAUUCAGUUCCAGAUAAUACGGGAUUACCCUACACAAGCUUUGACCACUCCAAAGCACAUUUCUACAGAUACGAUGAACAGGUCUCUCUGUGUUUGGAGAGGCAAAGCUCAUCAUUUUCUGGGAAAGACAAAAAUAAAUUAACUCUCCAGCAGAAAUUUGUGCGUUGUUCUGUCAGGGCUGAGGUACGACAUCUGAGGAAAGUGUUAUGUCAUCGACUUAACGUGGAAAAACAUCAGGUCCAGAUGUUAUUCAAUAACGAGUCUCUCCCAGAUCACAUGACCAUGAAGCGUCUCUGGCUGUCUCACUGGUUUGGAAAGGCACAACCACUGGUACUCCAUUAUGCUAUAAAAGACAAACGGACAAGAUAGGAUUAUGUGAAAAUAUCAACUGGUGUAAAUAUUUUGUAUUUCACAUAUUCUAUUUUAAUAGCUUUGUGUGCACAUAUACUUAUUUUUUUGUUUUGUAUUUUUUAAAAUAAAUUUUAAGUGGUAAAAAA